UCCUCCGGAGGAUGCAAUAAGCAGUCGGGAGUGGGAAAUACUGCCCGUAAUCCUUCCCUGCGUGCCCUUCAUACUGCUGACCACGGGAACAUGAAGGCUGUUUGUCUCCAGGUCCUGUUUGUGCUGAGGGUCUUGUGCCUGGUGACCCUGGCUGGAGGGCAACCCAAAGCACCUCUGAAGUGUUCAACAGAGUGCAACCAUCUUUCAUCUGGGAUACCAGCGAAGCGGAUAAGGAGCUACCGCAGGACCGAACCCCGCUGCACCAAGCAAGCCAUCAUAUUUAUUACUCUGAAGUCUGUGGAGAUUUGUGCAGAUCCAGGGGAAGACUGGGUGAAGAAGAUUGUAGAGAAACUGGACCAGAAGAAGGCUGCAGCCUCCCCACUUCCACGUGAUGCCACCUCAGCAGCGGCACCAGAAGAGCCGGGUGUUUUUCAGAAACAUGUUGGUCUUACAGUAACAGCUCCAUCUCAAGCCACUGCUCCAGCUAGUUUCUUCCAAGUGACUGGCACAACAGUUUUGGAGAAAAUACAUGUUCCUGCUGCCAGGACAGAGGUGUCCAGCAAGUCCCCACCAGCCAUGCAGGGCACCACCCAGCUCCCUGCAGGAUUGUCCACCGUGAUAUGGGAAGUUGCUGCCCACUCUGAAGUCACUGCAGAAGCAAACAGAGAUUCCUUAAAAACUCCCACACCUUCAACAACUUUUGCAGCAGGCGUGGUCUCCAGCCAGCCCACCCCAUAUCCCACGGCUCUUGUGCAUGGCUUUGACAACGCGGUAGGACCUACAGAAGAACCUGUAGGACAUAGUGCAAAUGCUACGGCUGAUGUUCGAGACGUGAAUUCUUCUAGCUCAAAUUCAGACCCCAUGGCCAUUACUGAAGGAUCAGACCAUUCUGUACUUUCUACAAAUAAAUCCCUGGACCCUACAAGUGCAAGAGCCAAUGCACCAGACACUGCUUCUAGCAGUUUUAGUUCAGAUCUCCCCUCCAUCCUGGACAGCAUGGACAUUGCCACAGUCCCAGCCGCCCCAGUUCCACCAGAGACUAUUUCAGUUUCUACUCUAAACUCCACAACUGCCAUAGACAAACGUCCUUCUGUCCAUACCAACAAGGUUGGCAGUUCCUCUGCAGAUGCUUUUGCUACUAGAAAAUUUUAUUAUUUGUUGCCUGUAGGAAAGCAAGAACCUUCAGAUACGUUGGUUUUUACCAGUCAGGCAUUCUCAGGCCAAGCCAGAGUGCAGAUGACUACAGAAAGACCAAAUGAUCUUCCUCUUCCCAGCUUCUUGUCAAGAUCUCAGAUGCAUUUUGUCAUCCCAGCUCUUGUGGUAGGUGGUCUCAUGGCUUGCAGUGUUGUUGCUGUAUGGCUUUACCUAAGAUUUGGAGUCAAAACAGAAGAAAUGUCAAAAGAAAUGGUACAGGGCUUGCUCUACCACAAGGAGGGACAUCAAAACAAUGUCUAUCCAAUGGAAAUAAUCUGAAUGCUUUAUGGCGUGGACGUUUUUGGCCUAAGCUAUAUGUGUGUUGCUGCAGGAGAGCUAAGUUUAUGCUGAAUUGUGACCAGUAGGAAGCAAGGCAGGGAAUAAAAAUACCAGAGAAACCUGAUUUUUUGCAGAGUAGAAUGUCCAAAAAUAUAUCUAAUUCAUCAUUGACCAGUGAUGGUAUUUUGGAAAUAAAUGAGACGCUUUUUGUCUUCUGGCACUGUUACGUACCAAGGCCGUUGCUGUUCUAGAGCUGCUUGGUGGCUCUUUGCCAGGUGGUGGGCAGAAGUGAAUUUCUUAAUUGCUGUUGGGGAUUUUUCUGCAUUUCAUCAUGGCCCAGCUGAGAAGCCUCCCACUCACCCACACUGCUGGACUCGGGCUCCGUCACCUUGAGCGAUCUCAACACCAAAACCACGCAAUUUGCACUUAACAAACUCUCUGCUGCCGCUUUCUUUGCACUUCAGGUUGCUGCUCCGUCGGACCAAGACCAAUGCUGGUGGUCAGCUGGGUGCUGGCUCUCCUUGGGCUGAUCAAAUACCCCAUUUCCUCUUGCUGCAGAUGGGAGGGGUGGCCUAGCUUUUCGGACGGAGGUGACGCAAACUGCAUCUGAUUAGGGGACUGAAGGUCAGUGCUACAGAUUUUGCAUUCAGAGGAGCUGGCAACCCACAAUCUAUCAUCUCCUCCUUGAAAUCAGGUCACUUUUCUCUCCAACAGCCGUGGGCAUUUCUUCUUGCAGAUUUAGUCUGAGACCUGGUUCUUGGCAAAUCAACUGCAAUAAAACCCUUCUGCCAGCUGAUGCGCCCUGUGGCCAGCUGCAUCCAACACCAGGACGGGAUAAUGUGGACGGGCCAUUGCAAAUGGGAGAAAACAAGAAGUCACCCCAUAAUUUUGCUAUCCCGGUGAUAACAUUGGAGGUUUUUUGCUGUUCUCUGCAAGCACAAAACCCAGGAAAUAUAUUCUUUUGGAGGAGCUAAAGGCAAUUCUGGAUUUAGUCAUAUAGGAAUUACUCCACCACAGCAGACAUGCCGUCUUUCUGGUCCCAUAUUCUCUCUAGAAAUAAGCACAUUUGCCAAUCCACAAAAAAGCACAAAAUGCCUGUUCCUGGUACUAUCCUUCAGCCGCAUUUUAGUUUUUCUUUUUUGGAUAGCACUGAUCACCAGGCUAUUAAAGCACCAUAACAGUACCAGGUGCUUUUUUUUAACCCAAAUUGGUUUUGAUUUUUACACAUCUAGACAUUGCUCUUUGUAAGCCGUAUCUUCUACCUGUGGUCAGUUCCUGAAAGCCCUUAUUAAACAUUGACUCCAAUAUGAAUUUUGCUGGAACGUGCAAAGGUCUUCACAAUAUGAUGCUUUGUAGGUAAAGAUACAUAUCGAGGGUCAGAUCCGCCUCUGACCAACCUCAGUGGAUCACAUCCCAAAGUAUAAAUGUGCAUGUAGAAAAAAAGAAAGCAAAAACACAUAAUAAGCAAGAGAAUAAAAGCAAAAACGAUGGGCCAGCCAUAAAGCAGAGCUAGAGGAAGGCGGCCUAUUAGAUCCAUCAGAUCACACCUUCAGGGCAUCCAUCCAGCCCUGGAGGUGGAGAAGACAGGCUGCAACAGUGUCUGAUUUCUGCCAUUAUCCAAUCCCUUAUUUCUGCGUUUUGUUGACUUGAGAGAGGGGAGCCAGGGAUUCAUCUUGGGCUUUGCAAGUACAGAAUGCGAUCAGAUUAAUUGUAAUUAGGAAUUCAGUGUGAAAUCCCUCCUUGUGCAGCAGCACUCGCGUGCAGCCCGGCUGUGUAACGCUGGCUGGGCUUGAUUUACCUGGAGGGUAAAUCAGGGUCUGUCAGUGCUGCCUCCCCAUCCGCCCCGCUCGUGCACAGCUGGGAUUCGUGGCCUCCUAGUUUGUGGGGCGGUGUACUAUGGCAUUAUUUUUAUACAAAACACUAGAAAUGUUAUUUUUGUAGUAAAGUUUUGUAGCCAUUUGAAUGUAUAUAAUGUCCUGUCCUUGCUACUGGAGCAUCGCGGAGUCAACGCCUUUCUGGGAACAUUGGAAAACACCGUGCCUUGGCUAUUUUCUUGUUGGUCUGGGAUGGCUUAUGCAUGUCCGUGGGAGCUGGGCGGCUCUCCAGGCACUGCAGCAAAUGGAGCAGGCGCUUGUCUUGUCUGGCUACGGGUAAAGUCCUUGGCCUGCAGCGACGCUGGGGAGAUGGAUGCGUACCAGGCAGAUCUGACCCCUUCGAGUCCCACCAUGGUCUUUGUAAGGACACUAGUUUUGGCUCCACAGCCGGCUCCCACCGUCUUCCAGCUGCUGUGGUCACACUGGCACUCGUCGGGAGGAGCUGCUCCUCCAGCCUGGAUCCGUCCUUGUGCUCGCCUUGCUCUUCUCUCCUGUCCCCAGGGCUGUUAGCAGGCAGGGAGCUGGCACCCCUCAUGGGGGGCAGUUAAAACGCAGGACAGGAGGGGACUGCUCUUCCUCCUUGCCUUACGCUGUGCGACGGGCGGUUUUGGGAGGGCAGAAGGUGAAUGCCGGCUCAGGAGGAGGAAGCCUGGGGGUGUCACCUGGGGCUUAAAAAUGUCAUUUGCUGUAGAGUGCAGUGACAGCUACAAGCUCUGAUUCAUUUGUGUAUCUAGUACAUAUGAGUGUGUGCACGAGAUAUAUGUUCUGUAACUUUUUU